CUUGAAAAUGAAGAGAGAAGGAGAAAAAUGCGCCGAGCUUUAAAUAAACCCGUUCUACAAAUUCUGCCGCUCAAUUUCUACUCCCUCGCUCACUUGCUGCAUCAACUUCUGUGUUGCAAUGGAGAUUGACAAUCUGCCUUCCGCAUCUGAUGAAGUAAGAGAUGUCAACGAUUGCUCAAUAUGUCUUGCAUUGAAUCAAAAUGACCAUCUUUUCAGCAAAAAGAAGAAAUUAUUAGAAAGACAGGGUUUCAAGUCUGAGAAUUGCAUUUACUUGAAGUGCUCUCUGUGUUCUGAGGAAGUAGACACUGUUCUGAAAGAGUUGGUACAAAUUGCAAGAAUUAUUCACUUAAAUGAGCCUGAAAUGUAUUUUGGAGAAGAUGACGCAUGUACACCAGCAGAUUCCUACAGCCCUAGGAAUGAAAUGGAGGCCCUCAAUACAAUAAUUUCUCUUGUUGACAUCUGUCUCUCUAGUUGUAAGCCUGUCCAGCUUAAUGUCCUGCAAGAGCUACGGAAAGCUGCUAUUCGUAUGAUCCAUAAGUAUGGAGAUGUAUACAGUAUGGACGCUAAAACUUUGGGAGACAGUUGUGUGAAAGAAAAUUGUUUGUUACAGUGGGGUGAGAGCAAUGGCGUCAGGACUAGCUUGAAGAUAGCUUAUGUUGAAGGUGCUGGUAGAGGAGCCAUAGCCAAAGAAGAUUUAAACGUUGGUGACACCGUAUUGGAGAUCCCUCUGGAUAUUGUUAUUUCUGAGGAACUUGUGCAGAAGACCACCAUGUAUCCCAUAUUAUCAAAGAUCGAAGGCAUGUCGUCUGAGACAAUGCUGUUGAUAUGGAGCAUGAAGGAGAAGCACAUUGCCGAUUCCAAAUUCAAGGUCUACUUUGAUACUCUCCCAGAAGCGUUUAAUACUGGGUUGAGUUUUGGAGUUGGUGCAAUGAUGACUUUGGACGGAACCCUGCUUUUCGGUGAGAUAAUGCAAGCAAAAGAGCACUUGCGGGAACAAUACAAUGAGUUAUUUCCUACGUUAUGUAACAACCAUCCUGACGUCUUCCCUGAGGAGUACUAUUCAUGGGAGAAGUUCUUAUGGGCUUGUGAACUUUGGUAUUCAAAUAGCAUGAAAAUCAUGUUUUCUGAUGGAAGUCUUACAAGCUGUUUGGUUCCGAUUGCAGGUUUUCUCAAUCACUCGUUGCAUCCACACAUACUACACUAUAGCAAAGCUGAUUCAGAUACAAAUUCAUUGAAAUUCCGCCUAUCAAGACCAUGCCGUGCAGGAGAAGAAUGUUAUCUUAGUUAUGGAAAUUACUCUGCUUCUCAUCUGGUUGCUUUUUAUGGAUUUUUACCCGAAGGAGACAACGUAAAUGAUGUCAUUCCAUUAGACAUCGACUUCGGUGAUGAUGCUAGCGAUAUCAUCACAUCAGACUGGAGUACUCAUAUGGUGAGGGGAACAUGGUUGUCAAAGAACCAAAGCAUAUUCCAUUAUGGUCUGCCCUCACCGUUAUUAGAGUGUUUAUGUAAAGCUCGAUGCCCUGAAUUACGCACCAAGCUCAAGCUGCAGGGAAGCUUGGAAAAUGAAAUGGAAGUCCUUAAUGAUCUCCUCUCAAUCUUUGAUGGAAUGAUGGAAAAUCUUGAGGAUGUGAAUGAAGACAGGAGCAGUACAGAAUGGGAUAUAAAGUUAGCAUUGAACUAUAAAGAUCUUCAAAGGAGGAUAGUUUCCUCAUGUCUGAAUUCAUGUCAUGCUGGUUUGAAGACGGUCGAACUUGCAUUAUACGAAUGCAUGGAAGAAGACACUCGAGGCUAAAAACACGAGCGUUCAGGCAUGCUCAUUCCAGGUAAGCCAGGCAUUUCAAUUUCUUCUUUUCUAUGGAAAUUUGGUUAGGAAUUACGACUCUCUGCCUAUUUAGACCUCGAACAAACUCCCCUUAAUUGAGGCUCGACUCCUUUCUCUGGAGCCCUCGAACAAAG